UUACGAGUUUCAAAGUCCGUCUCGUGUAUGAACCUUUGUGUUUAGAGGCAAAAUGAAUUUUGCGAAAUCUUGGAGCGAAUUUAAAGAAAUACUUCGCAGACACGAAGUAGAAACUGUAACAAAAUAUGUUUACUACUAUGGAAAGUCAUUCGAUAAAGAGACACCAAUGGACUAGCAGAUAAGAUAGCUGAAUACUGGAUGUUUGAUCAAGGUACAAAUACUGUUGAAUGGAUUAGCUGCAUGGGAAUUUUCCUGUUCUCCUUAUAUAUAAGUGAAUACAAGACAGUUUCCCAUUAGACCUUCUCAAAGGCAUCCCUUUUGCUUGAACUAACUCCAGAUUUACGAUUAAACUGGUUAGAUGAUAUUCCCUAUUUCCACUUUGGGCGAAAAAACCUAUGUUUGCCAUCAAGGAAAAGAUCUGAAUAAACGUCAAAAGGAAAAUUAUGCUAAAGAAAAAAAUGAAAAGUGUCAAACUGAUCAUGCUUUUGGUAAAGCAUAUUCCAAGAACCAGACAACUAAAAAAGUUAAUUGUCCAGCUGUAAUUAAUGUUACCCGAAUGUACAGGAUGCCUCAGUUCAAGGUAGUGCCAACCCGAAAAAGAAAGAUUAUGAUAUCUCGGAAAAUUAAGGAAAAACUAGCCAAUAAAGAUAGUAUUGCUGGUGAAGAAGUUUUCAUGUUUAAUUUACCUAAUAGCCAAGAUCAUCAAAAUCAUCUAAUGGGUAACAUGGCUGCAGUAAUAGAACCUAUAGAUGCUAGAGUGCGGCAUUUCAUAGCUUCUAAAGUUAAGAAUGGAAAAUGCAAUGCCACUGUAAUUGCAGAGCUAUUAGAAGUAUACGUUUCAACUGAAUUGGGAGAAACUGAUAAAACGCGCAGACGAUUUUAUCCAGAAAUGGAGGCAAUAAGGAAAAUAAUAAGCCAAGCAAAAUCCGAUAUUAGAACUAGUAAAAUUGACCAGGAAAAUACAGAAAUGUUAAUAAAUAGCUGGGAUACUUCCAAGUGUUCUGUUUUUUUUAGACCAUGUACUGAAAAUACAUAUGAUGGUACUGAGCCAAAUGACUUUACAGAUUCAAAACUAAAUCUGCUAUUUGUAUAUCAAAGUGAAGAAAUGAAAAAUUUAUAUGUCUUAUAUGGUUCUAAUCUUGUUCUUCUCGACGCGACCUAUCGAACCUGUAAGUAUGCUCUCCCACUUUAUUUUUUAGUUGUCAAAACAAAUGUGAACUAUCAAAUAGUGAGCAUAAUAAUUACACAAAAUGAAACAGCCAAAGCAUUAGAAGAAGCUCUUAUAAUUAUUAAAAAUUGGUCGCCUCUCGUUAGACCAAAAUAUGGGAUGGUUGAUUUUGCAAUGGAAGAAAUUACAAGUUUGGAAAAUGUCUUUACAGGAAUUAAGGUUUUUAUAUGUAGUUUCCAUCGAGAGCAGGCAUGGUCAAGAUGGGCUUCUAAGAAAAAGAAUGCAGUGGUUCCCAAAGAAGAGCUUUUGUGUAAAUUACGUGCCAUAGCAAAUGCUCCAACUCAAGAUGAAAUGGUUGCAGCAAUAGAGGUAUUAAAAUCAUGGAACCAAUAUGAAGCUGUGAAAGAUUAUUUUGAAUUAACAUGGUUCAAGGAAAUUGAGAGAUGGGCUUUGGCUUACAAACCAAAUGACUUAUUCAUAAACUCGAACAAUGGUGUUGAACGCUUAAAUGAGGAACUAAAAUAUAGAUAUCUUCAGGGAUAUAAAAACUGUAUGCUGUCUGAAAUAAUUAAGAUCUUGGUUGAGAAAUUUCUGCCAGAAAGAUAUAGAAUUUACGUCAGAAAAAAUCUGAGUAUGCUUUCGCAGGCCAGAUUAUACAAUGAACAUGUACCAAAUUAUUUAAUCAAUAAGCCAAAAUGGUUAAUUGAUCACAUAAAAACAAAAUUAAGAGCUGCUGAAGUUUAUGUGGGUAGUAUAAAAAAAAUUUCACAUGGCUUCUUUAAAGUUUCUUCUGAAACUAAGCAUGAUGCAGUUUAUUCUGUCACGUUUGAUGAACAGAAACAACUGUGUCAAUGCACAUGCUUAGAUUUCAGAAGAAACCGACUGCUGUGCAAGCAUAUUGUGUUUGCUGGCAUGAAGUUUCCAGCCUGGAGUUUGGAAUGUACUGCAGAAUGGCUAUUUUCAACACCUAUUUUCAAAGUUGAUGAAGAUUUAGUCUCAAGAAGUAUUUCAGGCACCAGAAAACGAAAAUAUUCAUCAACUGAAACUCCUUCAGGUGGAACAUCAGAUAAUUUACCCACCAUAUCUGAAGAAGCAACGUUGAGUAAAAAAAGAAAUUUGAUCAAUGAGUGCGAUGCAAAUUACAGAUCAAUUCGGUCACUCCUUUGGAAUUUAGAUAGCGAAAAUUUACACAAUGUAGCCAACUCUUUGAAGGAGAUUUUCGAGUCUGCUUCAAAAACAGUUAUGCGAGAUGAAAAUACUGGUCUACCGCUUCAAAUUGAAAAAAAAAAUUAAACUAAAAAAAAGUAAAAGAAUUGUCAAGAAGUAUGGUCAACUAAACCUCCAUCGCCGUAGAAAUACCAGAGUUGGAAUAAAGGUGGAUAUACAUAAAGAAACCAUUUCAGUAGAUGGCCAGUAAUUAAAAUUAGUAUAAAACCUAAAGCAGGCUACAAAGAGCCUUUGGCAAAGGUGACACCCCCACCUAUGAGUGGAUAAUAGAGUAAUCUCGGGGACCUGCAUGCCAUGGAUACACUAAUACUUAUUUUCAAAUAAAAUAAUAAAUUUCAUACUUUUAGGAUAAUCUUAAAUACUGAAUAUUAUCAUACUUGAAAUACUUUAGUAUGUGCAUUUAUUUUCGGAUUCUUCAGAAUUUAUAGUGAAAAAACUGCUACAACUAUAUACUAUCAAAUACCAGAUUUCAGACAAUUAAAAUUGACGAUAAUUCAAAGUAUAACAUAUAAGUUUUGUACAAUUCAAUAAACAUAAUACAUGUUAUUAUUUAGUAAUAUUUAUUUCCUGAACAACUUUACAAACACUUAUUUGAGAGUCAUAUAACUUAUUUCUAUUCAAUAAUGCUGCAGCUGCAUUGAUUGUCACGAUCAAGACAUAUGAGCAAUAUAGUAUUUAAUGCACUCAAAACUGAAUCUGGUAAAGACUUACGGCAUAUUGGUUACCAAAUGCAUCUAAAGCAAACCAGUAUGCAGGGUUAGUUUUACAGGUUCACUUGUUUUCAAAUUAGCAACUCUGUAAAAGUUUUACUCUUGGUUGUACUGACACUGCCUGUUCUUUCUCAUAUCUAAUUGUAGUUAUUUGGUUGUAAUAUGCAGUAAAGGUAAGAACACUGGUGUAAUAUGCUGUAAUUUUUAUGUUAGAUAGCCCAGUUACAUGACUACAACAUUUUUCCACUACUUUUUUUACACUGUAAACUCGGUUUAGAAAGUUAUUUUCCAUGAUUUUGGGGUGUUGUAUAAUACAUCAUAUGGAAUAACUACAGUUAAAUGUAUUCAUUCAAAAGAGGAUAUAUUGUCUUGCUGAAUCUUUUCCUGUACUUAUUGUUUGAUUUAAUAUUUCCAAUGUGGUGGAUUGACCAUCAUGGAAUCAUAGCAUCCAGUAGAUCUUUCAAUAUAACUCCAUUCAGAUAUUCACAUUUAUAUUAUUGUAAAUUAACGUAGAAGACAGAUUGACAGAUAUUCUCAGUUCAUAGUGCCAAAGUGUUUUUUAAUAAUGCUAAAAUACAAUU